AAUGCAAGUUAUUUCAUUUAACCAACCACAAUUUCUACAUUAUACUGAUGAAAAAGAUAGAGCAGAGAGAAUAGUUAACAUUCUUUCUAACAAAGAUGUAUUAACUUUAUAUGACUCAAAUAAUAGUUUAUUAUCUUCUACAACAAUAUUCAAUUACAUCCAAAGAGAAAGAGAUGUUUAUUUUGUCGCAGAAGAUUAUAAUGAUAAUUGUUUUGGUUGUUAUGUAUCAAAAGCACCAUCGUACAUUGGAAUUGGAAUAACUGACCAACGUCAUUACAUAUUCUCUUGUUCAUUAGAAAGUGAUGAAAUAAACACAUUUGAUUAUCGGAUAUUCACUACAUCGUUUUACAUUCCAUUAGGUUCAUCCAUUAUCUUUAGUUCUCCUUUUGCAUUUGUUGUUGAUAAUCAGUUAAAUUGUUCAUUCUCUAAAGAUAUCAACGUUAUUUAUAUGAAGGAACAUAAUUCAUAUUGUGAUGUUUCUAAGUAUUUUCCAUACGUAGAACCCCCAAAGUCAAUUCCAUUGAAAAGAAUACGUUUCUUUACAUCACAUACUAUUAUUAGUGAUGAUGUGAAAAAAUAAGAAUGAAUAUAAAUAGGAAAGGAGAUAAAAUGUGUUUUAGUUUAAUUGAAUCAGUAUUCCAUUG